AUGGCAUUAGCCAGAGACGGGAAAAUUGAGCUUGCUGAUGCCGGCGCAAGCACGAAUCAGAUCUCAAUUACACUUGGACGAUUUGCUCCUUUGUGUACUGAGAAGGAACAUGGAGGGCAACGAAAGCGUCCACUCCCAUUCACGGUUAAACAUGCUGCUGGUCAAAGUUCAAAACCACAGCAAAAUGAUAGCACAUCUGAAGGAAAAUGGGUGAUUGUCACUCAUAGAAAGAAGAAAAGUGAGCCUGUCAGACAUCCAAUGCACACAGUGCAGAGUUGGGUUGCAAAAACCUCAGCAAAUGGCCAUGCCCGUAGAUCAAAGAUGAAGGGGCAUGUCAAGCAGCCACGAGCACCAGUUCCUUUGGCUCAAUAUAUGCCAAAGGGAUUUAAUCUUCAAGGGGCAGGCAAUAUUAGCUCUUGCCUAAAUACUAAUGAUAAGCAAGUGGAUGCAGGAGAAUGUUCAUCUCCUAAACACACCGAAGAUGAGGAAGUGCAAAUGCAUAGGGCAGCUUCCUACUCCGCAGAAAUUACCUUCAAAGAUGAAGACUUGUUACUUGGAGGUGCGCCACACAAUCGCCCAAUGUUUGUCGAAGGCUACACACGAGGGCAAAAGCUCAAAAGAAUUCUAGUUGAUCAAGGCUCAGCUGUCAACAUCUUAUCCCUCCGAGCCCUAAAAAACCUUGGUGGAUCUUCAGAUGAGCUUGCCCAAAGCCGUCUAAUGAUACAAGGCUUUAACCAAGGAUGGCAGAGAGCAAUCGGCAUCAUCAACCUCAACUUAAGAGUCGGAGGCUUAAGUUCAAGUGUUGUCUGCCAUGUCAUAGAGGCGAGGACAUCGUAUAACUUGUUACUCGGAAGGCCUUGGAUACAUGAAAAUGGGGUGGUUCCCUCGUCUUGGCAUCAAUGCUUUAUGUAUGAAAAGAACGGUGUGACUGAAAAGGUAGUCGCCGAUGAAAGCCCGUUCGCAGAGGCUGAGUCUUACUUUGCGGAUGCAAAGUUCUACAUAAGGAAACAGGUCUUUGUGGAAGAGGCCCAGAAAAGCAAUGACAACCCGCAUUCCCAACUAAAGUCAAAGGGAAAGGAAGUUGUUGAAGUGGAUCAACACCCUACAAAGCUCAUCUUCCCGCUUGCAAGAAUUGACACACUUAAAAUAGAUGAAGCGGACCAAGUCUUGCCCACCAAGCGUACUGAGGGUUUUGACCCUAACGCUUAUAAGCUUCUAGCUAAAGCUGGCUAUAAUCCUAAUGAGCCUCGGAAGUUGGGAAAGCUUAUCCCCGAAGCCGGGGGUAAAGGCAAGGCAAAUCAACAAGAGCCCCAUGAACGCAAAGGUUUGGGUUAUGUCCCCCCUAAACCUGUGCGAAUCUUUAUAAACAGGGCUGCAAGCAAUUGUAUCUCCACAGAUGAAAGUGAGUAUGAUCCACAACUCGAUCCCGCCAAAGGCAAAAAGAAGUCAGUCUUCAAGAGAAUGGGUAAGGUGGAGUCUCAGCGCUCAGUCUUUGAUAGAUUGGGGUCAAAUCCUAAAACCUCCAAAAGAAAGUCAAUUCAUGAUCGACUUGGAACUGUCCAAGAUGUGAAAAACAACGCAAGUCAUCAUGCUGAAGUGGGAUCUUCUAAAAGGCUUAGAAGCAUGAUUCCUUCUCGUAUGAGACGGGAAACAGAUAUUCAUAUCUCAUGCGGAGAGGUGUUGAAAGUCCAACCUCGGACCAUUGUACACACUCGUGUACAAAAAGGGGAAAAUGAGGAAAGCGUUGGCUCAAGUGACGACGUAGUACCACCUCAGGACGAGGAAGCGUCGUCUUUCCACAUCACUUUAUGUGAUGAGACCCCGAUUGAGGGAGAAGAUGCAGAAGAAGCACCCCAUGAGUUAGAGGAAGGGGUACGAGCUGCAAUAGAUGAAUUAAAGGAGGUGGACCUAGGAACUCCUGAGAAUCCUCGGCCUAUCUUCAUUAGCACACUCCUUUCUAAUGAAGAUGAAGAAAUCUAUGUCACGUUGUUGAAAGAGUACAUCGAUGUCUUCGCAUGGACGUACAAGGAGAUGCCAGGGUUAGACCCAAAGGUGGCAGUACACCGCCUGGCAGUGAAAAAAACAUGCCGUCCAGUCAAGCAAGCUCAACGACGCUUUCGCCCUGAACUUAUUCCCUCAAUUGAAGGAGAAGUCAACAAGCUCAUAGAAGUUGGUUUCAUCCGCGAAGUGAAAUAUCCAACUUGGAUAUCUAGCAUUGUGCCUGUGCGCAAGAAAAACGGCCAAAUCCGUGUAUGCGUGGACUUUCGGGACCUUAAUGUUGCUUGCCCGAAAGACGACUUCCCACUCCCCAUCACGGAGCUGAUGAUAGAUGCUGUAACUGGACAUGAAAUCAUGUCAUUCAUGGAUGGCUCCUCUGGUUACAAUCAAAUUCGCAUGGCGCCAGAAGAUGAGGAGUUGACGGCGUUUCGAACGCCAAAAGGCAUCUAUUGUUACAAAGUGAUCCCCUUUGGUUUGAAAAACGCAGGGGCUACAUACCAAAGGGCUAUGCAGACUAUAUUUGAUGACAUGCUUCAUAAAAUGGUAGAAUGCUACGUUGAUGACUUGGUUGUGAAGUCAAAACUUCGCGCAGAUCACUUGGGGCAUUUAAGAAAAGUUUUUGAUCGCCUGCGAAAAUUUCAACUCAAAAUGAACCCCUUGAAAUGUGCUUUUGGGGUUGCUGCUGGAAAGUUCCUUGGGUUCACUGUUCGACACAGGGGCAUUGAGAUUGAAUAA